AUGUCGGGUAAUCCAGCGGAUACUCGAACACUCGCCCCUCAUCCUCGACGAACUCGCCCAACACGCCCUCACUCUCAUCCACGACCAGUACGGCAACUACGUCAUCCAACACCUCAUCAUCCAACACCCUUCCCACAUUCACACACUCCUCCCCCUCAUCCAGGGACGACUCCUCCACCUGUCCAUACACAAGUUCGCCAGCAAUGUCAUCGAAAAGUGCAUCAUCCACGCCUCCCCACACAUCCGCGCACGACUCAUCCACGAAAUACUCACUCACGGAUUCUCUUCACUCCUCAAAGACCAGUACGGCAACUACGUCGUCCAGAUUAUGCUACAACUCGCACACCCCACACACCGACACAUCAUGCUCGACACCAUCAAGGCACAACAACACGUCCUCAAACACUAUACUUAUGCCAAACACGUCCUCGCUCGCCUCCGCAUUAG